AUCUGAUUGGCUGCCGUGCCGGUAUUGGUGACACGCGCCUCACACCGCUUGUAGCGCGCGUCAUGAGAUGAGACCGCUUCUCCGGUGCUGCUAGUAGCGCUUCGUCAGGAAUAGAUCUAGAUUUUCAGAAGUGCUCCGUUCCUGUGAUCUGCAGCUAAAAUGCCAUCCGAUUUAGCAAAAAAGAAGGCGGCAAAGAAAAAAGAAGCAGCCAAAGCUCGCCAACGUACAAAGAAGCCAGAGGAUGGAGUAGAUGGUGAUGAAGAGAAACCGGAGGACCAGCAGAAUGGAGCAGCUGAGUUCAAUGGGGUUGCCAGUUUGACGAAGGAGCUGGAUGAGUUUGAGCUGAAGAAAACUGAGGCCCGUGCAGUGACUGGCGUGUUGGCAUCUCAUCCCAACAGCACUGAUGUGCACAUCAGCAGCUUGUCUCUCACCUUUCACGGACAGGAGCUGCUCAGUGACACUAGUUUGGAGCUCAACUCUGGCCGUCGAUAUGGCCUUAUCGGACUCAAUGGAACUGGAAAAUCAAUGCUGCUGUCAGCAAUUGGUCACAGGGAGGUGCCGAUUCCAGAGCACAUAGAUAUCUACCACCUGACCCGUGAGAUGGCACCAAGUGAGAAGACCGCUCUGCAGUGUGUGAUGGAGGUAGAUGAGGCGAGGAUCCAGCUGGAGAGAGAGGCUGAACGACUAGCUCAUGAGGACUCUGAAUGUGAGAAGCUGAUGGAGCUGUAUGAGCGUUUGGAGGAACUGGAUGCUGAUAAAGCGGAAAUGAGGGCCUCGCGGAUCCUCCACGGUCUGGGCUUCACUGCUGCCAUGCAGCAGAAGAAACUCAAAGACUUCAGCGGUGGCUGGAGGAUGCGUGUUGCUCUUGCUCGAGCACUGUUCCUCAAGCCUUUCAUGUUGCUGUUGGAUGAGCCAACAAACCACCUGGACUUGGAUGCAUGUGUGUGGCUGGAGGAAGAGCUCAGCCAGUUUAAAAGAAUUCUGGUUUUAAUAUCCCAUUCCCAGGACUUCCUCAAUGGCGUUUGUACCAACAUUAUUCAUCUGCACCAGCGCAAGCUUAAAUAUUACACGGGUAAUUAUGACCAGUAUAUAAAGACCAGAGAGGAACUGGAGGAGAAUCAGAUGAAGCGGUUUAACUGGGAGCAGGACCAGAUAACGCACAUGAAGAACUACAUUGCUCGGUUUGGUCACGGAUCUGCCAAGCUGGCCAGACAAGCUCAGAGUAAAGAGAAGACGUUACAGAAGAUGGUCGCCUCUGGUCUUACUGAGCGUGUUGUGAAUGACAAGACCCUGUCAUUUUAUUUUCCUCCCUGUGGGAAGAUCCCCCCUCCCGUCAUUAUGGUUCAGAAUGUCAGCUUCAGGUAUUCGGAUAAUACGCCGCAUAUUUAUAAUAACCUGGAGUUUGGAAUUGACUUGGACACACGGGUGGCCCUUGUAGGGCCCAAUGGGGCUGGCAAAUCUACUUUGCUGAAGCUCCUUGCUGGAGAGCUCCUGCCUUCAGAUGGUAUGAUUAGAAAACACUCCCAUGUGAAGAUUGGGCGAUAUCAUCAGCAUCUAACAGAGCAAUUGGAGCUUGACCUUUCACCUCUGGAAUACAUGAUGAAGUGUUACCCUGAGAUUAAGGAGAAGGAAGAGAUGAGGAAAAUCAUUGGCCGCUAUGGACUCACUGGCAAACAGCAGGUGAGCCCCAUUAGGAAUCUGUCUGAUGGGCAGAAGUGUCGUGUCUGCUUUGCCUGGCUGGCCUGGCAGACUCCCCACAUGCUCUUUCUUGAUGAGCCGACCAAUCACCUUGACAUUGAAACCAUUGAUGCUCUGGCUGAGGCGAUCAACGAAUUUGAGGGUGGAAUGAUGCUGGUUAGCCACGACUUCAGGCUUAUUCAGCAGGUGGCUCAGGAGAUCUGGGUUUGUGAAAAGCAGACCAUCACAAAAUGGACCAGGGACAUUCUGGCUUACAAGGAACACCUAAAAUCAAAAAUCGAUAAACAGAUGCAUGACUUAUAG